AUGUCCUCCAAACGAAAAUGGGACCAGGCAGGGCCCGACGACGAAGGCUCCCCAGCUUUAAAAGCACAACGUGCAGAUGAUUCCAAAUCAGCCAGUGAAGCAGCAGCAGCCGCUGCUGCCAUCGCUGCCAAAAUCGCUGCGCAAUUCGCCAACGGCGGCGCAGGCGGGGGUAGUACAGGAACGAUGCUCGGUCCUCGAGAUCCCCAUGAUGGCGCCUUCACACACGAUAUCGACAUAAACGACAUCCGUAAUAGAUACUUAUUGACGAGAGGGUCAACUCAAGAGCAAAUUCAUAGCGAGACUGGCGCGACUGUCACGACGAAGGGUGUAUGGUAUCCGGAUCGGACGAAGGCGUCGGAAAAGGACCCUCCUCUGUAUUUGCAUGUGUCUGCAAGCUCGAAAGAGCAGAUGGACUCUGCUAUUGCGAAGUUAAAUGACCUUAUGAAUGCCGAGUUGGGAUCACUCGUUGAGGACAAGAAAGACAUGCGAAGAGAAAGGAGGAAAUGGCCAGAGGAAAAGCUUACUGUCGGGCUUGAGACUUUACGGAACUUCAAUGUGCGCGCGAAGGUUGUCGGUCCGUCGGGGAUGUUCGUCAAGUACAUCCAGCAAGAAACGCAGACCCGUGUACAAAUAAAAGGCGUUGGGUCUGGCUUUAUUGACCAGGAGACGGGUCGAGAAUCUGACGAACCAAUGCAUAUUCACAUUACCGGACCUGAUGAAACCCAAGUGCGACGUGCAAAAGUCCUGACGGAGGACCUUCUUGAGGUCGUUCAUUCGGAGCACGCAAAAGCAAAAGUUCAGAUGCAACAGCAGCAAAUGGAACUUCAUCAAGCGCAACAAGCAUAUGCCGCGUACAGCGCUAGCUAUACUGGUUACACACCCCAACCUCCCUCUGCACCCGCCCCGCCUCCUCCUCCAGGAGAAGCGCCUCCACCACCGCCUGGUGCACCCCCUCCGGCACCAGAUGGAGCACAACCGCAGCCUCCAGCUCCUGCAGGUUCACCAGUAGGAGCCGCCCCUUCAGCGACCGACCAGGACGCGUAUGCGCGGUAUUGGGCUGCGUAUGGCUAUGAUGUCACUUCACCUCAGUUCAAAGAAUGGCAAGCUCAGCAGUAUGCACAGUACUAUAGCCAGGCUGGGUAUAGUGGUGCCGCUGGUGCAACAGGUGCAUCCCCAACUCCGCCGUCUGCACCGCCUGGAGGUCAGCCUCCGCCGCCGCCACCGCCGAAUGAACCGGCACCCCCGCCUCCACAAUAGAGGUAGCUUUUUACGGUUUAGUAUAGUUUUGGGAAAUGUUGUGUAUUUACAUACUUACUGACAUGGGAGUGGCGGAAAGUACCGUUCCUGCCUUUUAUAAUGC